AUGGCUGAAGCUGAACAAUUUGUCUUUCAAGCUGAGAUAUCUCAGCUUAUGUCAAUUAUUAUUAACACUUUCUACUCAAAUAAAGAGAUUUUCCUUCGUGAAUUAAUAUCUAAUGCUUCAGAUGCUUUGGAUAAAAUUCGAUAUGAAUCACUUACUGAUUCUUCAAAACUUAAUAACAAACAUGAACUUUAUAUCCGAAUCAUUCCUAACAAGGAAAAUAAUGUUCUUAUAUUACGGGAUACUGGAAUUGGCAUACCCAAGACCGAACUUGUGAAUAAUCUUGGUUCUAUUGCUCGUUCAGGUACUAAGAAUUUUAUUGAAGCUUUGCAAUCUGGUGCUAACAUUUCUAUGAUUGGUCAGUUUGGUGUUGGUUUCUAUUCUGCCUACUUGGUUGCGGACUGUGUUCAAGUGAUCACAAAGCACAAUGAUGAUGAACAGUAUAUUUGGGAAUUGUCAGCCAGUAGAUCAUUCACCAUCGCUCGUGAUACAGAUAAUGAACCAAUUGGCCGAGGCACACUUAUUAAAUUGUUCCUCAAAGAAGUUCAAUUAGAAUAUCUUGAAGAAUAUAGAAUUAGAGAGAAAGUUGAAAAAGAUGAGAAAAAUGAUAAAGAGAAGAUAAAGACAGUAGAAAUCGAAGAGUUAAACAAAACUAAACCUAUCUGGAAAAGAAAUUCUGAUGAUAUUAAAUAUGAAGAAUAUGCUGCAUUCUACAAGUCUCUAACUAAUGAUUGGGAGGAACAAUUGGCCGUUAGGCAUUUCUCUGUCGAAGACAAUUGUGAAGAUUUAAUUCCUGAAUAUCUUAACUUCAUCAAAGAAAUAGUUGAUUCAGAAGAUCUGCCGCUUAAUAUUUCUCGAGAAAUGCUUCAACAGAACAAAAUUCUUAGAGUUAUUUGUAAAAAUAUAGUGAAAAAAUAUAUAGAGCUGUUUUCUGAGAUUGCUGAGGACAGGGAAAAUUUCGCAAAAUUCUAUGAAGCAUUUUCCAAAAACAUUAAGCUUGGAAUUCAUGAAGAUUCUCAGAAUCAGUACAAAUUAGCCGAAUUUCUUCGUUAUUAUUCUACAAAAUCUACCGAUAAACUUACCUCUCUAAAAGAUUACAUGACGCGCAUGCCAGAAAAACAAAAAGAAAUUUACUACAUUACAGGAGAAAAUCGUCAGGCUGUUAAGAAUUCACCAUUUUUGGAGAAACUUGUAUGUAUCACAAAAGAAGGGCUUGAGAUUGAUGAAGAUGAGGAAGAAAAAAAACUGCGUAAAGAAGAAAUUAGGAAAUAUAAUUAUUUGUGCAAGCAAAUUAAAGAAAUUCUUG